UUCAUUUUCUCUUUAUUCCUUCUUUCCCGCUGUUUUCUCUCUCGUUUUCUUUCAGUUUUUUCCUGAAAACUUCUUGCCUCGCUCAGCUUUUCUUGCUGCACUUCAGGUUCUCUGGACCGUACAACAAUGGAGACCGCAACUUCUUCUGUUCAUCAGCGUUUGCUGCUAGCGUGCGCCGGAAGCACUUCGGCCACGCUGCUUGGCCUCGUCGCUAUGGCCGAGUUGCUUGCUUCGUCUCAGUUCCUGGUUCCGAAUGAGAUGGAUGCCAUUGCUGUAUUCAACAAGAAAAGGAAAUUCACUUCCGGGAAACGUCAGACUGGAGGAGAAAAUGAAAAUCAGAAUAACGACAGUGAUAACGAACACGGAGAUGAACAAGAUGCACUUGAAAAUGGAGAAGAUGGUAAAAAUGCUCCCACUAAAGAUGGUGCUAAUGGAGGGGAAGAAGCUAGCAACGAUAACGGGGAUGGUGGAAGUGAGAACAGUGGUGAUGGUGGUGGGGAUGAAGAUGACGACGACCACGACGACGGUGGAAGCGAAGAGAAUGAUGAAGACAAUAAAGAAGACGAAGAGGAUUUCGAUGAAGAAGACGUAGAGGAAGACACCUUUGAAGGAGAAGACGAUGAAGAAACCCUCCCACCACCAAAGAAGAGAAAGAAGUAAAAAGGGGAAAUCCAAUCAAGAAAUAUGCGAACUACGCAAGCAAGUUUCUAAUUAUCUUUCCAAACCAAUGACACUGAUUCCAUUUUCUUGUACCUUUCGGAGACUAAAAGCUCUCAACACACAUUGCUGAGCCAAUUUAACUUAAACAAAGCAACCGCUAUCCUAGUAGUAUCGUAGCGUUUGUAAGCUGAUAGUUUAUGUUAAAGUUCCUUUGUUCAAUUCAACGUUGUCUAGAAAGGCAGAGGUUUCUAUGAUAUCAAGUGCGUGCUAAUUCCAGUUGCAA